GUUGAGGCGUUAAAAAGAAACCAGCUUGUGAAAAUGGCUACAGAUAGGCAACUGUCAUCUUUUUUUAGCUACCCUCACAAAGGCGUUUGUAAAAUGUUUCUACUUUUGUGGUUGCUACAUUUUUGUUCGGUGUCUUCGGAUAUAACUGAUGGCACCUCGGAGCACUUAAAGCGUGAACACUCACUCAUAAAGCCAUAUCAAGGAGUUGGAACAAGUUCUUCGAGUCAGUGGGAUUUUUGGGGGAGUACUUUAGUUACAAGCCAGUAUGUGCGCCUGACACCUGACGAACGUAGCAGGCAAGGUUCCAUCUGGAACACAGUGCCCUGUUAUUUGAAAGACUGGGAGAUGCAUGUGCAGUUUAAAGUUCAUGGAUCAGGGAAGAAGAACCUGCAUGGGGAUGGCAUUGCUAUCUGGUACACAAAAGAGCGAUUACAUCCUGGAGCGGUCUUUGGAAACCAGGACCGUUUUGUAGGCCUAGCUGUUUUUGUGGAUACUUUCCGCAAUGACCUCAACGGCAUGGAUCGCUCCUUUCCCUACAUUUCUGCAAUGGUGAGUAACGGCUCGCUGUCAUACGAUCAUGGAAACGAUGGCCGCUCUACAGAACUGGGCGGCUGCUCGGCUGAACUCAGAAACAAAAACCACGACACUUAUCUUGCUAUUCGAUACUCCAAAGGCAGACUCACAAUUAUGGUAGAUGUGGAUGAUAAGAACGGUUGGAAAGAGUGUAUUGAUAUCGGAGGCGUCCGACUGCCUACUGGCUACUUUUUUGGAGCGUCUGCAGCCACAGGCGAUCUCUCAGACAACCAUGAUAUUAUCUCCAUGAAAAUGUAUCAGUUGAUGGUGGAACACACGCCGGAGGAAGAUAGUCAAGACUGGACUAAGAUUGAGCCCAGUGUCAGUCUGCUCAAGUCUCCUAAAGACAAUGUUGAUGAUCCAACUGGCAAUUUCCGGAGUACACCUCUUACUGGGUGGAAGGUCUUCCUACUUCUCUUGUGCGCUCUUCUCGGGAUUGUUGUUUGCGCUGUUGUGGGAGCAGUGGUCUUUCAGAAACGACAAGAAAGGAACAGGAGGUUUUACUAGACAUGAGUAUGAACAGGACAUUUUAAAAGAACUCAAAAGAAAUUGAAUGGGAGAGGUUAAUGUGACUUUUUUUUUUUUUUUUAAGCGGUUGGACAAAUGCAGCAGCAGUGGUUUCUGUUUAUACAAUGUACAUCAGAUCACACUUUUGCAAAACAACAUUAGGUUUUAAAAAAAAGGCAAACUGUUCAAUCGGUGUGAAAGGCAAGAGACAUGACUACACUUUAUCUAUGCUGUUUAUUUGACACACACUGCUCUAUGUUCCUAGUUUGAUCUUUUUUAAAUAUGUUUAAAUCAUUUAUGUAAUUGUUUUGAUUUUAGAUUUACAGCAAAACCAUUUUAGGUGUGCUUGUUAAUUUCAGUCAAGGUGUCUUUUCCUCAGUUACCUACUAUUUGAGUUUUGAAGGGGAUUAUUUUGAACUAAAAGGGUUAAAUAGGGUUUGGUGUUAAAAUACUGAAUUUAGAGUGAAAAACUAUGAAUUGUAUACAUCUGUUUUGUCCUAAAAAUGUACCACCAUGAUUUAUUAUGUGUUGCAUUUUGUUACUGCAAACUGCUUUCAUAGUCAAAAAACUGAAUAGAAAUUGGGAAGUUUUUGAGUAAACAAGUAAAGUUGAGUUGUUUAUCAAUAUGUUUUGACUGUUUAGGGUGUGUUGUUGUUGUUUUUUUUUUUUUUUUUUUUGUCUUUUCUUCCUCAGCUCCAACAGUAUUGUAAUUUUCCUGGUUCUUGCUAAUUCUAAGUAUUUUGGCUGCAGGAAUCUAUGAAAGUGUGAUCUGAUUUGCUUUAGCAUAAAUGUCUUGAUUCAAUACAUAAGUAAGGACACAGCACAGUUUGGAGAAUUAAGAGAUAAUACACUGAGGCUUAAGUUAACUUGAAAUAAUGAAAAACUUAAUGAUGAGAAUCCUGUGAAUGUAACACAGUACAUGUUGCAGACUGGUUAAAAUGCACUAAUGCGUCAUUUAGCUGUUCUGCACCACAAGUCCAGUUUCUAUGAAAUAGAAAAGGGCAAGCAUUGUACAAGGAAAUAAAGAAGUUCUUCCAUUA